AUGGCUGCCAACUUGGAUUACGUUCAAACAGUUAAAUCUAGGUUGGUACAGCUGAACGAGUCACAGGCAACGUUUCUGGAUAAAUUUGGGAGUGCAGACAAUAAUUUCACUUGGCCAGACUACUUGUCAAGCUUAACCAUUCUUCUCUCCAAGCACAUAAAUUUAUCUAAUACACUAAUUGAUUCCAAUUUGCGCAAACUCACACUAUAUCCUAAAGAAGCUCUGCCACCUGAAUCAGAACACAUUCUCGCCACACUUCUCCGUACGAAGCAGAUACCCGAAGUAUCUAAUCUCGAACAGGAUAUUCUUUCUUCGAUAACCGUUCAAGAAGGCCUCGAGUCGCAGGAGGCUGAGGCUAAUUUAGACAAGGAAGAUGAGGAACGAUGGGAUGCAUUGCUUAAAGAAUGGGUAAAGAGGUAUGAGGUUCAUGACAGAGUGUGCACAGAGGCAGGGAGGAUAUGUGAGGAUAUGCUCGGUGCUAGAGAGAGUACGAGGAGAUUGGAGGGGAUAGGAGAUGAUAAGACUGAGGAAGAGAAGGAUGACAUUACAUUGGAGGAUGUGCUUAGUUUUAUAUCCAGUGGAGUACAGAAUGGCAAGGGACCUACCAUUAUUCGGUGA